ACCCUACAAACUACAAUUAUUCAAAAAUCAAAAGCAAAGGGUAUUAAGUACGUACAAUAAUAUCUAAAGUAGAGAGAGAGAGAGCUCUGGGAUGGAGAACACAUGGUAGACGGACAACAUAGCCAAAUGAGAGGCUCAGAUUCCACAAUAGGGGACGAACCCAACAGGAGAAUAGGCCACGGAAGGGUGCUGGAGAUCGAUUGUCCGGCGAAGAGAGAUAGGAUGGGAAGACUUUUUGGUUUUGUUUGGUUUCUAGAUGUGAGGAAUGAAGGUGAACUAGAAAGAAGAUUAAAUGAAGUAAGGGUAGGAAACCAGGUCCUACAAGCAAACAAACCAAGAUACACGAAGUGGGAUCGACAAAAUAAUCUGUUUCCUAGAACCCAUUUCGAGGAUGGUAACUGGAGACAACAAAGCAUCAAUGGUAAUGAUAGAAGACCAUCAUAUGCUGAGGUAGUAAAAACAACCACUAGUAGGAUGGAGGAAAGACCCAUCAAUGAAAGAAGGAAAGUAGGAAUAGCACAGAGAUAUGGAAGCAACAAUGACAGCAUCUACGGAAACCAGCAAAGGGAAUGGAAGCCAAAACACCAACACCAUCAUUGGUCAGGCAUGGAGUUGAACUUCGAUCUAGAAGAAUAUGUUUGGCUGGAAAAAUGGGUAUUCUUCUGCAACAUUAGACCAAUGGGAGGUAGAUUAGUGUUAUUAGAAGGCAAGGAUCAUGAAGAUCUGAAGGAGCUGGUAGAUACUGGAACAGACUGGUUGGGGAACUGGUUCGAAGAUGUGAAGCCGUGGACCCCCACUCUGGUAGCAACGGAGAGGUUCGCUUGGAUCCGAUGCCAGGGACUCCCAAUGCACGCUUGGAAAUUGGAGACCUUUCAAACAUUUGGAAGACUAUGGGGAACCUUAAUAUCUCUAGAUGAUAGCACCAUCAACAAGAAAAGAUUUGAUGCAGCAAGAUUCUUAAUCACCACACCAUCCACAGAAUCUAUAUCCAAGUCUAUCACAGUGAAGAUCAAUGGCGAAUUCUUCACACUUAAAUUCACAGAAGAGGAAUCAACAAAUAACCUCUUCACCAUGAGGUUUGAUAGAAACUUUCAUGCAACUAGAGAAAAGGAAGAUGAAGAAAACAACUCUUCAGAUAGUCAGAACGAGGAUGACUCGGACCUGGACAAGAACAUCUGGAAUCAAUUUGAGCUUCAGAUAGUGGGGGUUGAAAGCGAAGGGGCUCAGGCUUCCAUGGAGGAAGAUGCAGCAACACCAUACACGGAGGAUGGUAACAAGAAUGAGGUGGUGAGCUAUAAUGCUAAGGUGGUGAGACACAGUGCUGAGGUGGCGAGACAUAGUGUUGAGAUGGACAGACACGGCGACAAGGUCGAAGGUAACAAAAGGAAGAAGGUCAAGACAGUUGACGUAGCCAGUACAGAUACCGAGGUAGUUGAGGAAACAGAAGGGAUGGAGGAAAUCAGGACAGGGAUCCUUGUUUCAAAUUCAAAUUUUCAAAGAGUGGUAGAAUCAAGAAAGAUUAAGGCGGAUCCAGAUUUGGUGAUAAAUAAAGCUGAGCAACGGAUGUUCAAAAAUGGCAGUCAAUUGAGCACCAACGCAGACAUGGGCAGUCACGGCAAGUCUUAUCAAAAAAGUAUAAACAAAGCAGAAGAAGACAACAGGAGCCGCAGAGAAGCAGAAAAGUAUGCCAAAGAAGUUAGAGAUGGGCUACCAACAAAAGAAAUGGGUCCAGAAGAGAAUAUUGGGCUGAGGGACCACCAACCAACCGAAUUACAAGGGCCAACAAAUUCAAACCCAGAGGAGCAGAUUGAGAAGUCCAAUAACAGACCCAUAGCAAAGAAUAGGAAGUCAUCUUCUUCAUUUUGGGACGACCUUGAAAGUGAUUCAGGCACCGACCAAAAAUUAAAAGGACAGAGAAGAGUAGUUGUCAAGACAAAGAAGAAGGUUAUGUUCGAGAAAGACUCAGAGAAGUCGGUUGCAGAUGACUCGAUUAACGACAGCAACAUCCAGAACUGCAACAAAAACAUCGAGGUUGCUCAACCUACUAAUGGUGCAUUUGGAGGAAUUUUAAUAAUUUGGAAUUCUAAUGUUUUCAAGAAGAUUGGUUGCUUAGAAGGAGUAGGAUUCCUGGGAGUAGUGGGGAUAUGGGGAGUAGAAAACACCCCCUGCUAUUUGAAAUCUUCAGGAAAGGAGGGGAAAGGAGGUAUAAGUGUAAGGAGGGAGUUGAAGGAAUUUAACAAGUUUAUUGAGAUGAGUGGGCUGGUAGACCUCCCUAUAAUAGGGAGAAAAUUCACUUGGUACCAGUCGAACGGUAACUGCAUGAGCCGCUUGGAUAGAUUCUUAUUUUCUGAGGAAUGGUUGCUCAACUGGACAGAUUUGAAGCAAUGGAGGUUAGCGAGGUUACUGUCAGAUCAUUACCCAAUUCUGGUGAAGGAUGAAACACGUAAUUGGGGCCCAAAACCCUUCAAAUUUUACAAUGUGUGGCUGCAAGAUCCAGCAUUUAGAGAAAUGUUAGAGAAACAAUGGAAAAGCUUUAACAUCCAAGAAGAAAUGGCUAGACAAAAAUCAAGAAUGACGUGGAUGAAGGAAGGAGAUGCUAAUACAAGCUUCUUCCACCGGUGCAUCAAAAAUAGACGGAGAAGAAAUGAAAUUAACUCCCUAGUGGUCAACAGGAAGGUGUUGCAAGAAGUCAACGAGCUGAAACAAGGAGUGGCUGAUUACUUCAAGAAUUUAUUUGCAAAGGAAGAUUGGAAAAGGCCAGUCUUGGAGGGCAUGGGAUUUAACAAAAUUUCUGAAGCAGAUAAGGAGCUUUUAACUGAACCGUUUCUUGAAUCAGAGGUGAAAGCAGCGGUAUGGAACUGUGACAGUGCAAAAGCCCCAGGUCCAAAUGGUCUGAGCUUUCGGUUUUUGAAAGCAGAAUUGGAAGUGGUUAAAGAUGAUAUUCUGAAGUUUUUAGUGGACUUCCAUAAUAACAGCAAGCUGGUAAGGGGCUCCAAUUCAUCUUUUCUGGUAUUGAUACCCAAAAAGGAGAACCUGCAAGGUCUGGAAAAGUAUAGGCCUAUUUCUCUAAUAGGUUGCAUGUACAAAAUCCUUACAAAAAUCCUGGCCAACAGAUUGAGUAAAGUGUUGAAUGGUCUCAUAGGUGAACAACAAUCAGCAUUCAUUGGAGGGAGACAACUGUUUGAUGGAAUAGUCAUCGCAAAUGAGACGAUAGAUGAAAUCAGGAAGAAAAAAUUGAGUUGUUUCCUAUUCAAGGCCGACUUUGAGAAGGCUUACGACAAUGUCAACUGGGAAUUCUUAGAUUAUAUGUUGGAUAGGAUGAAUUUUGGUUUGGUAUGGAAGGGAUGGAUGGGAUUAAGACAAGGAGAUCCCUUAGCUCCUUUCCUGUUCCUUAUUGUUGCAGAAGGGCUCAACGGGAUCAUCUCAUCAGCAGUUGAUAAAGCACUUUUCGAAGGGGUCCAGAUUGGAAGAGGGGAUUUGAGAAUUUCCCAUUUGUAGUUUGCAGAUGACACAUUAUUAAUGGGGAAAGCAACAGAGGAAAACAUAUGUAUUUUGAGGGCCUUCGAAUUAGUCUCCGGGUUGAAAAUAAACUAUGGGAAAAGCUCCUUGAUUGGAAUCAAUGUCGAUGAUCUAU